CCUGGAGAAUUCGUCGAGUACACGCUCAUCGGAAAGGAGAAUGUCUCCUCGACCUGCGCCAUCUUCCGCUUGAGACCCGCGUCCAACGUAGUGAUUGAUCUGGACGAUCCAUCAACGGAAAGAGCUAUUACCAGUGUUGAAUUCAAGCAACCACAACUACAAAUUGCGAGAUCAUACACAUUAUUGCCACAAGCGCCAGGACAGCCUAUGGAUGAGCUACGGUUCUUGAUCCGGAAAGAGCAGAAGGGCGAGGUGUCCAACUUUCUCCAUCGACUGCCUCCUGGAUCGAACAUUGAGAUUCGGGGGCUGAGGACUGAAUACCAAAUGCCGGCGGACAUCACAACUGCUCUGUUCUUGGUCGGUGGCACAGGAAUUGCACCAGCGCUGCAGGCUGCAGAUCAUCUACGUGGAGAAGCAGACAUGCAUAUUCUGUGGGCGAGCCGGCGGAAAGAGGACUGCGUCGGCGGCUCCAACGAUAGUGAGCCUGCCAAGCGAGUUUCGAGCUGGUGGCAGAGCGUUGCAUCAACUGAUACCAAGGCAAAUGCUGUGGAUCUGCCUAACGCGGAGAAAGGUGCGCUAGUCUCACUGCUGGAGAGCUUGAAGUCACAAGCAGCUGCUACCGAAGAGCCGUCGCAUCGGCUAGUCGUUGACUACUUCGUCGACGAAGAAGGCAGUGCGGUCAAGCCAGAAGACGUGAAGAGACUCCUGACCUCGUUGUCUCGAGCAGAUUCUUCGGCAGAAGGAGGGAGAAAGCUCCUCCUCGUCUCUGGUCCGCCAGGAUUCAUCACCUACUGGGCCGGUUCCAAGCAGUGGGUCAACGGCAGAGAAGUGCCUGGUCCGUUGAGAGGAGUUCUUUCAACCCUGGACCUGGGAGGAUGGGAAGUAGUCAAACUGUGA